UGCGCAGCUCCUGGAGUGCGCAGCGAUUGGCAGUGCGCUGUGUCCCUCGGACACAGCGGAUCACCGAUCCACAGAAAGAGCCGAAGAUGUCGGCUCGGUCAUGGGACAUGUACACUGAUCAUCAGAGCACUGAUGAUCAGUGUGCCCUGAUGAUCUGUGUAGCCCCAGCAGUGCCGCCUGUCAGUGUCCAUCAGGGCCAGCUCUCAGUGCUCAUCAAUGUCACCUGCCAGUGCCCAUCUGUGCCACAUUUCCAUGCCCAUCAGUGCCACAUCAAUGCCACAUAUCAGUGCCCAUCUGAGCUGCCUUUCAGUGUCACCCAUCAGUGCCAGUCAGUGCCACCUAUCAAUGCCAGUCAGUACCACUUAUCAGUGCUGCCAAUCAGUGCCACCUAACAGUGCCAGUCAGUGUCACCUAUCAGUGCCAGUCAGUACCGCCUAUCAGUGCCAGUCAGUACCGCCUAUCAGUGCCACCUAUCAGUG